AUGGUAGAAGCAACUGCCGGAAGAAUGGCAGGCCUAGAAGAGUGGAGGAGCAAGGUUUGCCAGGCGACUGAGCUCCAGCUUCCAACCUGCCGAGACCGUGAGACCUCACACAGAGAGACCCUCGUGAGGGUUGCGCCGUCGGGAGAUGCGCUUGUCCACUACGCAGAUGGACUGACACAGGACACCUUCAAAAUAUGCAAGGAGUUCCUGAGACCUUUCAAGAAAUGCCUUCGGAAGCUGAAUUUGCCCAAAGAUUUCCCAAAGGAGAAGAGGCUGAGCUGCACCCGCAAGAACCUGACCAUCCUCGGGGACCAUAUCAACAUGUUCCUCCAGCACUACUGCAAGACGUGGGAGCUGAAGCACUGGAAGAAGAUGCUUUGGAGGUUUGUCUCCCUCUUCUCAGCACUCGACGAGAGGCAGCUGUGCCGAUUGUACCGAUACAGCAAGACCGACCAAAUGGCCAAGUUCCUGAAAGCUUAUUGCCAGUUGGAAAGUCCCGACAUGGUUGUUCUGCCCGACUGUGGCAAGCUGAUGAAGCUGCGUGAUACCUGGGGCCUCCACGGCGGUGCAAAGAUGCAGGGGAAACUAAAACAGGUGUGCUCACUGUCGCGAGACUCUGACCUGCCUCUGGGAAGUACGUCAAAGAAGAGGUGAGUGGGAAGCAUCAGCUGUGCUCAGAUUGAUAGGGGUGCACA